GCUUGGGCAUGUACUACGUGUGCCUGGUCGCCGUCUACCGAGGAAGGCCUUGUUUAUUCUGCCAGGUGUAGGGUGGCGCAAAGUUCGAAGUGGACAGACGUUGAUUUGGCGAAUGGCCUUGACAUCAGCGCUUCUACAUUGCGUUGGCACCCUUGUUUUGGGUCCUUCCAACUUGAUGCCUCCUGUUUGCACUUCGUCCUCGAUGAAGCGGACGUUAUGAUCGAAGACAAGGCUGUAUCAACGUUUUUAUGCGCGGUAGACAACGACUUCCACUCACAUACCAAGUGUUUCUCUUUUCAGCAACAUUCAGAAAAACGCGCUCAUUUAUGUGAGCACUGUGGGAGAUCCUAUACAACAAACAGCAAUUUACGAGUACACAUCAGGAUCGUACACCAAAAACACCGCGGUCUUAUCUGUGGGCGCUGUGGUAAAACCUUUACCCGAUAUCAAAGUUUACAAGUGCACAUCAACGGUAUUCAUUUGAUGCAACGAGAUCACAUAUGCGAAUACUGUGGCAAAUCGUUUUUCUCCAAGUCUCACUUCCAGACUCACUUAAAAACUGUUCAUUUGAGAGAGAACCCCUACAGAUGCGACCAUUGUGGCAGAUGCUUUCUUCAGUCGGAUAUUCUGCAGAGACACGUUGAUACAGUUCAUUCAAGAGAUCGACCCCACAGAUGUGACCACUGUGGCAGAUGCUUCUUUCAGAAGAGCACUCUGAACAAACACAUUAACACAGUACACAUGAAAUUACGCCCCCAUUCGUGUGACCGUUGUGGUAAAUCAUUUCCUUCAAAGUACUCUUUGCAAAGGCACAUCAGUUCUGUUCAUUUAGCACAGCGCCCCUAUGCAUGUGAUCAGUGUGGCAAAUCAUUUUUUGAGAAUGCCAUGCUGCGAAGACACGUCAUACUUGUUCAUUCGACAAUUGGACACUCAGUUUUGAAUGAUAACACUGUUGCACAAGGGGAGUUGAAGCAGGAAUCUAAGUUACAAGUCUUCUCAUAAUGUGGCGAUGGCCUGCAAUACGUGAAGUGUGCUUGGAACGCUGUUCAUCAGAACUUUUGGUCUCCCAAUGUGAAUGGACACAGGCGGCAAUUCGACGUUUACGU